AUGAAACUUAUCAUCAUUCUCGCCUUAGGUAUCACGGCAUCGGCUACGAGUAUUUGGUUCUGCAAUGACUCGACCGAGGGAGACGGAGGCUGCGAACUCAAUAACACCGAUACCGUCUGCGGAAGUACUACCCACAGAUCACGAGUAUUUACGCCUGGGAUAGAAAUUGAUUCUCUCCUCUCCAUAGUGCUACUACGAGAAACAAGUGGGUUUCACCACUCAACGAGAAACCACCGCUACUUCUAGGGAUAAAAGGGGCUAUGCUACUUGUGGUCCUAAUGACACUGGAACAAUCAGAUGCGCUAUUAAGAUACCUGGUGGUCCUGGGACUGGUUAG